AUGGCAGCAAAGGUCAGGGUGGUGAACACCUUCAUCGAUGUCGAAGACACGGACGACGAGCAGAGCGAGUUGCCCGUGUCGGCGAUGAAGACCGAGCCUCCCCCAACAUUGAACGGAGGAUUGUGCAGUCCGCUUUCGCACGCAGUAUUCCCGAAGAGCGUUGUGAGGGAGCCCGAGGAGACCGAGGCACAUCGCAGAGCACCAUGCCUCCUAGGCAACGAGCCACUUUGUGCCGAUUUCGGCGUGAAAGUGACCAUCAAGAACACCUUCAUCGAUGUUAGCUCGGAUGACGAGACCGAUGACAUCUACAUGGACAAGAUCAAGAGCGAACCGGCACACCCGACGCCUCUCUCCCCCGAGGGCGAGGUCCCGAAGCGAGUGUGGCAGCCCUCCUCCGACCUCUCGACUCAGGAGGCAGCACGCCCUUUCUGGGAGGGGGCAUGGAAGGUUAGUGGUUCUUGCAACACAACGGUACCUUGGACCAGCCAAGCACAAGCCGCUGAAAGAUCGCGUUUGAACAUCAGCAGCAAGUGGCUCCAUCUGAAGGAAGUGGAGGAGGAGCACGUGAACUCCGAGGACUCUGCCCACUCGGGCAAAGAUGUGCCAAAGGCCACAUCGUCCCACGUUCUAAGGGGAGUAUUGGAGAAACAUGUGGACAUGGGAAACCUCCAGAGCCUAGUAUGCGCAAUAUGA